GUUGCAGGUCAAUGGAAAUAUUGAUAAAGGCACAGGAAAUUGGGUAUCGUUCAAUUGGAGUUCAGGUAUGAUAAUAUUUUGAAUAUAAACUAAUGCAGUUCAUCGAAAGAUAAAGCCAUAGGAAAAUGGGUAUACUUCAGCAUUGUUCCUGUUUCCAAAGAUACCACUUUUCUUCUUCCAAAUUAGCAUCUGAUUUUUCAUAUUUUUCUUUGAAAGAUAGAAUAGUAAACCUCAUACAGACAUGCCAAAACUUGACCCGCUUUUACCAGAUCCAGAGUCGCUUCAUAACUUCAGGAUUCGUACAAAAUCCAUCGAUGGCUGGCAGAUUGCUGAAGCUUUCAUUGAAUUUCUGUGAAAUAGAUUACACACUGCUGAUUUUCAAAUGCAUUAAUUUCCCAGAUACAUUCUGUGUAAAUACUGUUAUCAAGGCAUAUGCUUCCGGUUCUUUGCCCACCAAAGCUGUAGGAUUCUAUUUUGAAAUGCUUGAAGAAGAAGGGGUGCUGUUUAAACCCAAUAGUUUUACAUUCCCAUCUAUGAUUAGCUCCUGCACAAAAACAAAGGAUUCUGUAUUGGGUGAAAAAUGUCAUGGGCAGGCUGUAAAGGUUGGUGUUGACAGAACUUUACACGUAGAGAACGCUUUAAUACAUAUGUACUCUGGGUGUGGAUUAAAUAACGUUGCAUGGAAGGUGUUCGAUGAAAUGUCAAUGAGAGACUUGGUGUCCUGGAAUUCAAUUGUAGAUGGGUAUGUUAAAGUAAAUGAUAUGGAAGCUGCCCAUAAGCUGUUUGAUAAAAUGCCUGAAAGAAAUGUGGUAUCUUGGAACGCCAUGAUGAAGGGGUAUUUAGAUGUCAAGAACCCUGGCCUUGUGCUAAAGUUGUUCAGGAAAAUGGUAACAACAGAUGGAAAAGGAAACGACACAUCGAUUGUGACUGUGCUUACUGCAUGUGGCAGAUCUUGUAGAUCAAAAGAAGGAAGAUCUGUUCAUGCUGCUGUUAUCCGAAUGUUCAUGGGUGUAACUUUGAUCAUUGGAACAUCUCUAAUCGAUAUGUAUAGCAAAUGCGGGAGACCAGAUGUAGCUCAUGUCAUCUUCAACACAAUGUUAAUCAAAAACAUCGUGUGUUGGAACGCAAUGAUUUCAGGGGAAUCAAUUCAUGGGAAGAGCCCAAAACACGCACUCCACCUGUUCGAUGAAAUGCUAAAACUAGUUGACAUAACUCCAGACGAAGUAACAUACAUCGGUGUGCUAUGUGCUUGUGCACGCGAAUCCUUGUUGACAGAAGGUCAAAACCACUUUCUUGAAAUGACCAAAAAAUUCAAUAUAAAGCCUUCUUUUGCACAUUAUUGGUGCAUGGCUAAUCUAUAUGCAAGCCAUGGUUUAGUAAAAAAAGCAGUUGAAUUCUUAAAAAAUAUGCCAGUUGAUGUGGGGUUGUCACCCCAAUCGUCAUUAUGGGCUGGCUUACUAGGAUCAUGUCGUUUUAAUGGUGACGUGGCGAUUGGAGAACAAAUUGCAAAAGCUUUGAUUGAAGACGAUCCUUCAAAUAAUUCGUAUCAUGGUUUGCUUCUUAUAAUCUAUGCUGUGGCUGGGCGAUGGGAAGAUGUGACAAAAAUGAAGUGUAUGAUGGAGGAGAGAGGGGUUAGUGUGCCUGGAUUUAGUCUUGUAGAAUUGACCGAAAUAGUUCAUAGUCUUAAAGUGGAAGAUAAUAUAUCUAUGCUCCACAAAUACGGAUGAUACAGUGUGUGCUUUGGACUGAGACUGAGACUGAGACUGAGACUGAUACUGAUAGGACAAGAUAGUUCAGUGUCUGAAUGAGAUCCCAAAAAGAUGGAAAAAAAAUUGGGACUUGUAUUCAAUCUUUGUGUGUAAAAGACGUGAAUGUCCUUCUCAUCCUCAUCAUAAAAAUAGUCUGAAAAAGGCGAUUGAUGUUUUUGCAGUUUGUUUUAGGUAUUUUACCCCACCAUUGUUUUUUGUCCCAUUUUCUGUAAGUAAAAGAUUAAGGAAGUUAUAAGGAUUUGAAUACAUUUUAGGAAAAAUUUCCCCUUUUU